CAUAGUUAGUUUGGCAACAGUGAAACUUUCCUGGUUUGCGCGGGAAAGAUGGCUGGCGAACCGUACUCCGAUUUUGCUGUCCCUGGCCCUUCGUACGGCUCAAAAUUAAGCGAUGAAGCAAGCAUGUUUUUCAUUUCGCUUGUGGAGCAUUUCCCAGCGCUUUGGGACAUGACGAUGAGCGAGUACGCCAACAACGCUUUGAAAGGCGCGUUGUGGCGACAAAUCGCCGACGAGAUGGAGGACCGCUACCCUGAAUGCGGCCCGUACGUCCCCGAUACGCUGAAGACAUUCUUCAAUAACAAAAGGAGGACCUACCGUGCAGAGAAAAAAAAAAAACUGGAGUCAUCGAAAAGCGGCCAAGCUUCCAGCGAUUCCUACAAGGGCAAAUGGAAGUUCUUCCAUUGUCUGAACUUCCUAGAUGCUGCCAAGCCGACAGGGACAAGGACCUUCAGCGAGGCCUUUGAGGUGGCAGAGCCAGAGGCGCAAAACGCUGAGCAAAGUGCGGACCAGGAUGCCGACCCGGACGCCAACAUCGAGUAUGCGCCACAGCCGUCCCCUGCCUCUGUGAGUACGGCCAGCAGUAGUAGCGUGUCAAGGAAAGCUCGAAGCUCGCAGCCCUCGGCUAACGAUUGGGCUGCGAGAACAGCUGCCCUUGAAAAAAUAGCAGUUGCUGUACAACAGCCUUCCGACGCAGAUGACGCCUCUGCACAUUUUGCGAAGGCUGCUGCAGCACUCAUGCGACCAAUGAACCCAUUAAAGUUGGUUCGCUGCCAGGCUGAAAUACUCAGUGUCAUAGAAAAACAUCUGACCGAAUAAAAGUUGAAGUUAACUGUUUACUUGCUUCUUUUUGUCUGCACUCCUUUCUUCGGUCUGCGUGUGCAGUGUUUGUCUAACUCAACGUAGGCGGCCUCUCGCUGCCAUGACACAGCACCCCUGCCAUUGAAAAAACUACACAUGUCCUCUCUCACUGCAGCGCCAAAUGUGCUAGCACGUCCACGCGAUGCUGGGAAGCUGAAAAACGUUGGGCGACCUCGGCGUUCGUUCUCUGCAUCUGCCCUUGAUGCUUGUUGGGGCAGCACGUCGUUGCUGAGAAAGUUGUGCAGGACACAUGCAGCAUUGACGAUGGCA